UCAUAAGAAAGGAAAAAGCGCGGGAAACAUACUAGGGGUUCUGCAUUGCGAGAAAAAAUUUAUUUGGUCUCUCCGCUUUAUUUCCAUCCAGUGAUUAGGGCUUACGAUCUGUUUGGCAGUUGGAAUAGGAAUCAUGGAGGGAAACUACGGCGAAGAUGAGGAAUUCGGAUUCGCUAGAAACUAUUUUAUCGCCAAAGAGUUGGGUGGAUCUGGAAAGAAAUCAUCCCGGAAGCUAUCUGACAUCGAGCUCGUUGACGAACAGGAGCUAAGAGCAGCAGCACGUAGUAUUGAAUCCAAACAUGAAAAGGAGAUCGCCUCUUUGUUGAACAGUUAUAAAAGUUUAUACCCUAAAUGGGUAUUUGAGCUAAGGUGUGGAUUUGGUCUUUUGAUGUAUGGAUUUGGAUCUAAGAAGGCCUUAAUCGAGGAUUUUGCUUCAACAGCACUUACUGAAUGUGCUGUUGUGGUAAUCAAUGGGUAUCUUCAGUCAAUCAAUAUAAAACAGGCUGUGACAGCCAUAGCUGAAGCUCUAUGGGAUCAAUUGAAAACCAGACGCACUCCUUCGGGGGAUUUCCCAAAAGUUCAACAGCCAUUUAAUUCUCGAUCCAUGGAUGAUCUUCUUGCUUUUAUGGAUGGGUCACACUCAGAGAAAAAUGAUUGUUUUGUUUGUGUUGUCAUUCACAACAUUGAUGGACCUGGAUUACGAGACUCUGAUACUCAACAAUACCUUGCACGUGUUGCUGCUUGUUCCCACAUCCGUAUGGUUGCUUCUAUUGACCAUGUGAACGCACCUCUAUUAUGGGACAAGAAGAUGGUUCAUACACAGUUCAACUGGUGCUGGUAUCAUGUCGCUACCUUUGUGCCAUACAAGGCUGAGGGAAUAUUCCACCCUUUGAUUCUUGCACAUGGAGGCACUGCCCAAAGUGCCAAAACAGCUGCAAUAGUUCUUCAGAGUUUGACGCCCAAUGCCCAGAGUGUAUUCAAAGUUCUUGCAGAACAUCAACUGGCUCAUCCUGAUGAAGAGGGGAUGCCUGUCAACAAUUUGUACAGUAUCUGUCGAGAGCGCUUUCUGGUGAGUAGCCAGAUUACACUGAACUCUCAUUUGACAGAAUUCAAAGAUCAUGAGUUGAUCAAAACCAGGAGACAUUCUGAUGGUCAGGACUGCUUGUACAUCCCUCUUGCAACUGAAGCGCUUGAAAAACUUCUGCAAGAUAUCAGUCAAUAGUAUUUAUUUGGCCUGUUGCUACCAUGGCUUCCAUAAAGAAUGUCUUGCCAGCCUCAUCAAAUAUCAAACAUGGGAUUGUGAUUCAAGGUUGUGUUGCUUUUAGCCCCAGUUCCUAAUCUCUACCAAUAGACCAUCCUCUUCAAAUCAGAUUGGCAAUGCCGGUGGUUUUGUACCAGUCCUAUAAUCAUUUUCACUGUUCUCAACAAUGUGCUUGAAUAAGGUGUGCUGGGAUUGUGUCCAUCAACAUCUCUUGGAUGCUGCAAAAUUUUGUUGAUCAUACACAGAAUGUUAUAUUUUAGCCGCAGAACCAACAAGUGGUUGAGAAAAUAGGAGGUGCAAAUGGCACACUUUUGGACAUUACUUCUCUGGAAAGUUCAGAAUGUGAUCCCCUGAUUAAUAUGAUCAUUAGUAAAAACCGGGCUUUCAACUUCUUGUUGCUGAUUGGAUGGGGAGGCAAACACCAGUGAACUCUGUGAGCUGGAACGGGCGGUCAUACGCAAUGCAAGAGAUGGUUAACUACAUUUGAACUCGGAGCCUUUAAAAUAUUUUGUUAUGUGCCACAAGUUGGUCAACCUUAACUUAUUGAAGGUCCGGCUCCAUGAGAGGACAAGUGGCCCUUGCUAUUUGUGUUUACUGAAAACUAAAUUGUCCCUAACCUGGAUUUACUGCCAUUGCAUCUGGGUUAGGAAAGUUGAAUGGAUUCAAGAUCAAUGAUCUACCUACUUGCAUCUGGGUCGAGGAGCCAUGAACUUGUUUAAAAGUCUUGUGUUCCUUAUUUGUCUUUGUAAACUGAUAUUUUUUAGUAGUCUUUUGCAAUCCCACGCAAGCUCAUUAAA